AUGAACGAUAUGUUGAAAAAUGAGAUGAUUGAAUAUGGGGAAGAAGAAGAAGAAGAAGGAGGAGGAGGAGAAGAAGAUGAUGAUGAUGAGAACUUUGGAGAGGGUAGUAGGAGGAAGAAGGUAAUGAGAAAGAGGGGUUCUGGUAGUGGAGGAGGGUCCGUACAACCUUGUUGUCAGGUGGAAGGUUGCACUGCUGAUAUGAGUAAUUGCAAGACAUACCACCGGCGGCAUAAAGUCUGUGAGCUUCAUUCCAAGGCUCCAGUUGUUAUAACUGGUGGAUAUCAACGGCGGUUUUGUCAGCAAUGCAGCCGGUUCCAUGACCUAAUAGAAUUUGAUAAUGCCAAGAGAAGUUGUCGUAGGCGUUUAGCUGGGCAUAACGAGCGCCGACGUAAAAGCUCCUUUGAAACUUAUGGAGACGGUUCCUGA